AUGCCUCUUACCCAGAGGUGCGCGGAGCCUCCGGCCACAGCGUUGGCGCAGCUAAAGCUGCCGCUUCCUGCGAGGGCUCGCGGCCUCUGCUGGGGCCCGUCCGGCCCCCGGGCGGAGGCUGGAGGCGGGGAGAGCGAGCCUCCCCCCCCACGAAAGUUCCGGAAAGGUCCCGCCGAUGCCCCGCCCGGCGCCACAGCCCGGGGAGCCAAGACUAAGUGCAGGCUACACCCGGGCUUCCAGCGCGCCCGGGGAACAGCCGGGGGCGUGGGUCAAGCGGGUCAGGGGCACCGCCGGCAGGGCAGACUCACCGCUACCCGCCAGCGCAGCGUGCAGUGCAGCCGGGACCCCUGGGUGCCUCCCAGGAGGGCACGGAGGCCACCUGUCGCGCCCCCCCUCCCAUCCCUUGUGCCCACACUGUUGCGUAACUGGGAGGGACAAAGGUGA